UUAACGUCAAUACCUAAUAAUUUAUACUUGAAUCCAACAAAUAACAUCAAUAUUUAACUUUUAUACUCAUAAAAUUAAUAAUAAAAUAAUUUUUAUCAAUUAAAUUCUCUAAAAUAAGGUCAUUUUACUUAGAGAUUCGUAUAUCGAUCAUGCCGGUCAUACCGGUGGUGUCACGCCGGUUUUAUGACCGGUAUCGGUUGAACCCGGUACAACCGGUGGCACGCCGGCCGGCGUGACAACCAUGAUCCGGGCUAUUUUACUCUAAACGCCGUCGGUUUAGGUUUAUCCCCCAUCCAAACGAGCUUCUCAUUUUCAGGCCAGGAUGAGCCGGAAAAGCUUUUGCCCCCUCCUCUUCUUUUCUUCCAGAACCUGAAAAUGGGAACUCUAUCGCCAUUUUUGCCUUUGCCUUGCCCGCUGGUUUGUUCCCCACAAAGUCGCAGUUGCUGCUUACCAUCCUCAACCCUCCAGACAUGGCCUCGCUACCCUUUGAAGAAGCCCCUGAAUCCCAGCAGAGCUAUAGUAGUCGUCCAUGGCGGUAGAAAUAAUGCCGGCGUCCCACCACCAGACGGGUCCCAGUACAUGGAUAAGAAUGGUGUGGUGGAAGACAUGGAUGGCUAUCUCAACUAUCUCUCGCUCGAAUACGAUUCUGUCUGGGACACCAAACCAUCUUGGUGCCAACCCUGGACUAUAACUCUAACAGGGGUACUGAUAACCGGUGCUAGCUGGGUGAUUUUGCAGUCAGUUGCAAUCACUUUGGUUGUUCUCACCUUAAUAUCUGCUUGGUGGUACAUUUUCCUCUAUUCUUAUCCCAAGGUACUAUGUUGCUGCUCUUCUUCUUUGCUAUUCCUGUCCAUGUAUGCAUGCGAAUCGAACUUAUUGCGUUUUGUGCCAGGUAGGUUUUGUGCCAGUAAGGAUGGAUGUCAAUGUUAGGAAAGUAUCAAGUAUAGUUAGGGAAAUAGCAGUACUUGUGAUAUGUUUUGGGUUUUGACCUCUGUCUAAUUGCUUAUAAGAAUCACCCAAAGGUUUCAUGUCAAAGUUCUACAAGGAUCAUUAGUAUAGCAAAGCUGCAAUGGAGGAUCUCUACCUCAAUGGCGUUGAUCAGUCCUUCUGGAUAGAGUCGUAUUCUGUAUGUGUUGUAGCAGCAAGGAAUGAGAUUGGUUUUUGAAUUUCCUCACUGUUACCUAUGGCAGGCUUACUCAGAGAUGAUCGCUGAACGACGAAAGAGAGUGACGAGUGGUGAUGAAGAUACAUUUGGUUUGAAGAGGAGUUCAAUUAAAUGAGUUUUGAACACUCAUAUGCCCUUGUAAUCUCAGUUGGAUGUAUUUGGAGUAAUCAGCCAAGAGUUCAUGGCUUCAUGUCUCUUGGCGAGUUGUAUCUUCUUUGUUCUGAUUACUCUUUAAUUUGAUGCUGGAAAAGCUUGUAAAUGGUCAUUUUGUAUGUUUGUGUGAGUAUCAACUGCCAAGUGAACGACAGAGCGCGGAAUCAUACUUGCAAGACACAAUCCAUCUCAUUGAUGAUGAUCUGAUGGCUGCAGCCUAAAAUUACACAAAACACUUAGCCUCGUGGACUACUGAGACAGAACACUUUAUAUGUUAAACCAUCCAAAUGCUCAUUUGGGCAAAAGACAGAUGGAUUUUCUUGGACAUGUUAUCAAUGAGGAAAGGGGUAACACCCGAGGAAGGUGUUUGGAUUAGAAUUGCACAGCUGGUAAAACAUGACACUCAGAAAAUAAAGUUUCAAACAAGCU